AUGCUGUCCAUCGGUAAGGAUAAAGACUCGGAAAAGGCAGCUGGUGCGCCCAACUACGACUCGGACGUCCAGGAGGGGCUCAUAACCGGUAACACCGACAACCUCCAGCGGCACUUGAACAACCGGCAGAUCCAGCUCAUCGCCAUCGGAGGGUCCAUCGGGACAGGCCUCUUUGUGAGCAUCGGCACCGGUCUGUACCAUGGUGGUCCCGGCAGCUUGCUUCUCGCCUACGCGGCCCAGUCCAUGUUCCUAGCCAUGGUCAACAACUGCAUCGCUGAGAUGAGCACCGCAUACCCCGUCAGUGGCGGCUUCAUACGAUUGGCUGGUAAAUGGGUAGACGACGCGCUCGGCUUCAUGGUCGGCUGGAACUUCUUUUUCUAUGAAGCCCUGCUGAUUCCCUUUGAGAUCUCGGCCUUUACCUUGGUGUUGUCCUUUUGGAGCCCUGUGGUGACUGAGCCCGGUCCGGUUGCUGGUAUCUGUGCUGCCAUCAUUCUCUGCUAUGCCGCCGUCAACAUUCUGGCUGUAAGAGCAUAUGGUGAAUCCGAAUUCUGGCUCUCGGGCGGAAAGGUCGUUCUGAUCUUUGCCUUGUUCUUGUUCACCUUCAUCACUAUGGUGGGCGGGAACCCUCAGCAUGAUGUCUACGGUUUUGUCAACUGGCAGAGACCGGGGGCGUUCUUGGAGUAUCUGAGCGAGGGCAGCCUGGGCCGCUUCGAAGGCUUCUUGGGGGCCCUGUGGUCGGCAUGCUUCACAGUCGUGGGACCCGAGUAUAUCUCCAUGGUAUCAGCGGAAGCCAUGCGGCCCCGAGUCUAUAUUAAGAGCGCCUUCAAGACAGUUUAUUUCCGAUUUUGUCUGUUCUUCGUCGGCGGCGCGCUAGCUGUGGGAAUCGCGUGCUCUCCAAGGGAUCCCGCGCUGGAGAACGUCGUCCUCGGCAAGGUCUCUGGCGCCACUGCAUCGGCUUCGCCUCUCCUGUUGACCUCAAUCUUUUCGGCCGGCAAUACUUACACCUAUUGCGCCAUUCGUACCCUCUAUUCGCUCGCGCUUGAAGGGAGAGCACCGAGAAUCCUCACCUACACCACCAAAAAGGGACUAAUCAAUUACAUUGUCAUGACCACGACCUUCAUCUUCUACUACCGCGCCUGCAAAGCACAGGGUGUCGAUCGCAAACAGUUCUCAUACGUCGGCUGGUUCCAACCGUACUGCGCCUAUCUGGGGCUCGCCUGGAUGACCACUGUGGCCCUCCUGUACGGCUACCCGUCAUUCAAGCCCUGGUCGGUUUCGACCUUCUUCUCCAGCUACACGAUGCAGAUCUUCAUCCCUCCUCUCUUCAUAAUCUGGAAGGUGGUGAAACGGACCAAGUUCGUCAAGCCGCACGAAGCCGAUCUCGUCUGGGAACGCCCGGUCGUCGACGCCUAUGAGGCAACCUUUAUCGAUCCCCCGGUCGGUUUUGGCGCGAGAUGGGCCAGCUCAUUGGUAUUGGGAGGACCAAGGGCGGGAAUGAGAGACGGGUUGCACAGCCUCAACAGAGCCCUGAUAGCUCAAACAAAAGUGGCAAUGCGUCACCUACGGUCGAGGCCUGAGAGAUGGUUGGGACGGCCGAGGACAGUCGGGCCAAUGUUCUCCGAGCAUAGCAAGUAG